GAGACGGAACUAAAGCGACGGCCAGGACGACUCUCGCGUUCCUGCCGCGCGAGAGCGUAAUGUGAGAGUGUAAACAACGUUUGGAAAUGGCCACAGCAGCUUAUAAUUAUGUUGUUACCGCCCACAAACCCACCGCCGUCACAGCAUGUGCUACGGGCCACCUGACAUCACCUACAGACCUCAACCUUGUAGUUGCUCGCAACAACAGGGUCGAGCUUCAUCUGGUAACACCUGAAGGACUCAGACCUCUCAAGGAACUCACUAUAUAUGGCAAGAUAGCUUGCAUGCACCUCUUCACUCCAAUGAAUGAAGCUAAAGACUCGCUGUUCAUUUUGACUACAAGAUACUGUGCUAUGAUUUUAGAGUGUGUGGGUGAUGGAGAUCACCUUGAAAUUCUCACUCGUGCCCAUGGAAAUGUGUCUGAUAAAAUUGGUAAGCCAUGCGAGACGGGAAUGAUAGCCAUUGUUGAUCCUCAAGCUCGGUGCAUUGUCUUGCGGCUCUAUGAAGGUCUUAUUAAAGUUAUUCCUCUCGACAAAGACAACAACGAACUAAAGGCUUAUAAUAUUCGAGUUGAUGAGCUUCAGAUUCAAGAUAUAGAAUUUUUAUAUGGUUGUUCUAAUCCCACAAUAAUUGUUAUUUAUCAAGAUACUCAUGGAAGACACAUCAAAACUCAUGAGAUUUCAUUAAAAGAAAAGGAAUUCUCAAAGAUGCCUUGGAAGCAAGACAAUGUGGAGACAGAAGCCUCGACAAUAAUUGCCGUUCCCGAGCCAUAUGGUGGGGCCAUCAUUAUUGGGCAGGAAACAAUCACAUAUUUGACAGGCACCUCACAUGUUACUGUGGCUCCAGCACUUAUCAAGACAAGUACUAUCGUUUGUUAUGGCAAAGUGGAUGCCAAUGGAUCCAGAUACCUUCUUGGAGACAUGUCGGGGCGUCUGUUUAUGCUGCUGCUGGACAAAUCAGAUGACCGUGCAGAAGCUGUCGUCAAAGUGGAGCUCUUAGGGGAAACUUCAAUUCCUGAGUGCCUGACGUACCUGGACAAUGGUGUGGUUUUUGUUGGAUCCCGCCUUGGUGACUCUCAGUUAAUAAAGCUAAAUACUGAGGCAGACUCAUCAGGCCAGUAUGUGACUGUCAUGCAGACAUUCAACAAUCUCGGACCUAUUGUUGAUAUGGUUGUAGUUGAUUUGGAACGACAAGGACAAGGACAGCUUGUAACUUGCUCAGGUGCCUUUAAGGAAGGAUCGUUGCGGAUCAUUCGGAACGGGAUCGGCAUCCACGAGCAGGCUUCUAUUGAGCUGGACGGUAUCAAGGGCAUGUGGUCACUGAGUGUGAAUUCAGGAAAGCAUCACAAUACUAUCGUCCUCUCAUUUGUUGGCCUCACCAGGGUGUUGACAUUGAGUGGUGAGGAGGUAGAAGAGACAGAGAUUACUGGUUUCGUUGCCGACCAACAGACCUUUUUAUCCUCCAAUGUUAAAUAUGAGCAGUUACUUCAGGUGACGGGAACGUCUUGCCGCUUAGUUACCGAAAGCAAUGGGCAGCUGGCGUGUGAAUGGAGACCACCAGAAGGUCGCAACAUCUCUGUAGUUGCCGCCAACAGUAACCAGGUGGUGGCUGCGGCGGGCCAACACAUUUAUUAUCUCACCAUCCAGCAGUCUAAUUUGAAACUUGAAGCAUCCACUACUGUGGAGCAUGAAGUUGCCUGCCUUGAUGUCUCGCCUCUCUGGGAAGAAGAAAUGGCAUCUGUUGUGGCUGUUGGCCUCUGGACUGACAUAUCUGCAAGAGUUCUUGCCCUUCCUUCACUAGAGGAAAAUGCCAAAGAGUUUCUUGGGGGAGAUAUUAUUCCUCGUUCUAUACUGAUGACAACAUUUGAGGGCCACCACUACCUCUUAUGUGCCAUGGGAGAUGGCCAGCUAUUUUAUUUCAGCUAUGCUCCAUCAACUGGUUACCUCUCUGAUAAAAAGAAGGUGGUUCUUGGAACACAGCCCACAACAUUGCGAAGGUUCCGUUCUCUGUCUUCGACGAAUGUGUUCGCUUGUUCUGACCGACCCACAGUUAUCUAUUCGUCUAACCAUAAGCUAGUCUUCUCCAAAGUCAAUUUAAGAGAAGUGACACACAUGUGCCCACUGAAUGCAGAGGCUUAUCCUAGUAGUCUUGCCUUAGCCACCAGUGAGGGCAUUACCAUUGGUACCAUUGAUGAAAUACAAAAAUUACACAUCCGCACAGUUGCAUUGGGAGAAACCCCUCGACGCAUUGCUUAUCAGGAGGAGACAGAGACAUUUGGAGUAAUAACAAUGCGUGUGGAUGUGAUGGACAAUAACGGAUUGCGUAGUGGGGGUGCGUGUGCCUCCCUGGGUGCCCACUCUACGUCUGCUGCAUCGACAACGUCCAGCUUACUCAAGCCCCCAGUUCAACCUCCACCUGAACCUGGACAAGAAGUUGAGACACACAACCUUCUUGUUAUAUCACAAAAUACUUUUGAAGUUCUUCACUGUCACAGUUUCCAUCCUGGAGAGUAUGCAUUAAGCAUAUGCUCCACAAGGCUGAAGGAUGACCCAACUGUGUAUUAUGUUGUGGGCACAGCACUCGUCAACCCUGAAGAGUCCGAGUCGAAACAGGGACGGAUUAUUCUCUUCUCGUUUGGCGAGGGUAAACUGCAGCAGGUGGCUGAAAAAGAGAUAAAAGGAGCUUGCUAUUCUCUGUGCGAGUUCCAGGGCAAAUUGUUAGCUUCAAUUUCAAGUACGGUGAGGCUGUUUGAAUGGACCAAUGAAAGAGAACUACGACUAGAGUGUUCCCACUUCAACAAUGUUGCAGCCCUGUGUCUGAAGACUAAAGGGGACUUCAUCCUUGUUGGUGACUUGAUGCGCUCAAUGACCCUCCUCCAGUACAAGACAUUGGAGGGCAGUUUUGAAGAAAUUGCAAGGGAUUAUGACCCCAACUGGAUGACAGCAAUCGAGAUUUUAGAUGAUGAGCUGUUCCUGGGAGCAGAACAUUCUCAUAAUCUUUUUGUUUGUCAUAAAGAUAGUGCAGCAACAUCUGACGAGGAGCGACAACAGAUGCAAGAAGUUGGGAGGUUUCACCUAGGUGAUUUUGUGAACGUGUUUCGUCACGGAACACUAGUGAUGCAAGGGGUUCCUGAGGCAUCUACUGUGACUCAGGGGUGUGUCCUGUAUGGCACAGUUCAUGGUGCACUGGGACUUGUGACAAGCCUGCAUUUGGAACUAUACAAUCAGCUUUUAGAGAUGCAGAAGCGACUUGCUCGCAUUAUUAAAUCAGUUGGAAAGAUUGAUCAUGACUUUUACAGAAGCUUCAGCACUGAACGCAAGACUGACAGGUGUGAGGGCUUCAUUGAUGGUGACCUGAUUGAGAGUUUCUUGGACCUUGGCCCAGAAAAGAUGAAGGAAGUAGCUCAGGGUUUGAUGAUUAAUGACGGUUCAGGAAUGAAAACUGAAGCCACCCCAGAUGACCUCAUUAAAACUGUAGAAGAACUGACCAGAAUCCAUUGAGCAGAUAUCCGAUGAAGAAAAUGCAAUUAAUACUUGAGCAAGUUUGCUGUGUUGAUAGUGUAUACACUUUGGGAUCCCUGGCAACACCAAGCUGCCAGUUACAUUUCACUUCUCUAUUACUUCAUCUUUGUCAAGAAACUUAGUUGUAAUGCUAUAGUGUGCUUAAUUGAUUGUGGUCAUUAUAACUUUCAUUACCACAUUCUGCACAUGAAUCCUUAAUAAACAAAAAUUCUUGUUAGGUGCAGAACUUUGUUUAUUUUAUAGCCAAAGUUAGCACUGUUGGUCAUAAGAACAAGCCUAUAUUUUGUAUAGUUGGGGUUAUAUAAAUGAUAAUAAAAAUUUUGUUUUAAUCUAACAACUGUGUUUCUUGUAAUAAUUUUUGUUUAAAUUUGAAGGAUAUGUGAAAAGUUAAAAAAUAAUUCUUACAUAUUUAUCAAUAAUUAAUUUAUUAUUAUAGGACUUGACAAGAUAAAGAAAUGCUGGAUAUACUGUACUUACAUGAUAUGCUUGCUAUUUGUAAUACACCAGUUCAAAAUGCA